GCCUGAGUUUAUCCCAACUUGACUAUCCAAAAUAAACAAGCCCGAUGUUUUUCUUGGUUACCAAAACAAGUGCAGGCCCAGAAAACAAAAAUCAAGCCCCACACCACAAAUAUUUUCCAACUCCAGCUCAAGCUCAUGACGCGCCAAAAGAAGGUUUCCUUGUCGCUGUGGUUCGGGAUAGCUUGCUAUGUGCGUAGUAGGUAUGCACUCAAUACCCUGUACCAAGUGCACAAUUUCUUUACUGGUGAAUUGGACACAUACUUGUUCCAGGACAACCUUCUCCCGCUCCCAAAAUGGUUAGGAAUAGGAGCUCCAUGAAGCCCUUUUGACAACUCGGCUAUGGAAUUCGACCCCUGCCCUUCGUUUUAGACCAACUCUGUAAUGCUGUGUCCAAGUCUACUCUUUUGUAAUAGAUCAUAUAAUGGUGCUGGUGCAGCAUAGGAUUGCUCACACUGGUUAUCAGAACAACACAAGAAACACAGAAUGUCCCGACCAUUCAGAAAACAAAACUGAAAAGACAGAUUUCUAUGUUUAACACAUUGAUGCAUAUAAGAUGAUGAAAGCAACAUUUUCAAAAACUCCAACCGCUUAAUGGAGUUGGAGUCUAUGCAGUCUGAUCUUCUUUAUGACCUAAAAGAUCAUGAAUUUACACAAGUGAGUUUCCCUAUUUUACUGUAAUGACACAAGUCAGAACCAAAAAAAAGUAGAAUCAAUUGAAGAAAAAACGGUUUCCUUUUAAAAAUGAUGACAAUCAUGUUGUGUUCUGAUUCCAUAUAGAAGAAGACGGUCGCCAGCUUCCUUAGCAGACAAAAAGUUGGACAGAAACAAAAGCAAACAGAUACUACAAUGAUUCAUUUCAACUAUUCUAAUCUAGAGAAACCACAAACCAGCUGGAUUUCCAUCCAAAAGAAGCUCAUGACAAGAGAAAGAGAGAAGUAAAGCCAUGAAAGAUGGAGAAUGAGUGGGAAAUCUAUAUACUAACAUGCUCAAGGACAUGGGUCUCAUACUACUCUUCCAGUCUCGACGAAUGGGUUCAUCUGCAUUCAGCUUCCGCGACAGCAGUCUGAGCUUGAAAGAGAUAUUCUCAUGUCUGUGGAAUGGGCUCAUCUGCAAUCUGCAGUAAGAGCUGGUUUUUCAUCUAGGAUAAUAGUGACAUGAAAUCAAAAUUAUUGUUGAUAUGCAGAGAAGCCACCCACCCACCCAAUUACACUCUAUUUCAGGUCAAUUCUUCCAUUCUUAAUUGGAAAUUUUAAGUUCGUUAAACCGACUUUUUUGUAGGUUCGGCUAAUCAUUCUAUAAAUAGGGUGUCUUACCAACUUCAACAAGUGACACCUUCCCUCUUUUCCCUCUCCUCUAUCUCUCUUUCGAGUUUUCAUCAUUUUUUCAUCACUGCCUGAUCUUAUCGCCUACAGUUAUGGACUUGUCAAAGCACGCUUCAAGCAAAGAAGGAUGUAGCAGCAGCGAAUCUGGGUGGACAAUGUACAUUACCUCUCCCAUGGGAAAAGAUGAUGAAGAGUGCACUGGUGAUGACAACAGUGAUAGACAUAUAGAAGAAGAUGACAGAAAUACUGAUGACCCUGAGAAAGAAAGUGAUGAUUCAAUGGCUUCUGAUGCUUCCUCUGGCCCAAGUCAUCAACAAAAAUUAACUAACUACAGAAAUAACUAUGGAAAGACAGGUUCUAAGCAUGAUAAAUUCUUCCACCAAGAAAUCAAGCAAAAAAAGAGAGGAGAAACGAUGAAAAUAAUGCCAGAGGUGAAGGAAAAUUCCGCGCUUUUAAGAAAUACUAAAAAUGUCCAAUCCACAGAUGGAUGCAAAUGCAAGUAUGCAACAGCUAAGUAAAUCGCGAGUAUGGGCUGUAUAUUUGCCGGGAAUGUUUAGCACAUUGCCAACAGCAUCUAUAUAGUAAAUACAAUGAGAUGAUAGCAUUAACAGUAAGGAUGGCAUUAAAGACCAAUUAUCAGAAUCCAAUGGGACAAACAGACAACAACAUAGAGCAAAAACUAAAAAGCAAUGUCAGCGGAAAAGCUUCUGUAUUUUUCUCCCUUGUACUCAUCUUAGAAUAACAAGCUCUCUGCAUUGUAGUCAAUAGUGCAAACGUCCAUAUUACUUUAAUCUGGAAGAGAUAAAAAAAGAAAAAUAUUGUUUAACCAUUUACCGCAUGCACUAUGUAAAAGCUUUACGGUUCACAAUUCAGAUGUGUUAUGCAUCAACAUAUUCACUAUUUCUCAAUUACAUAAUCACUAGGAUCCCAGUACUAUAUAUUGAUAUGGGAAUCAAUUAAAAAGUAUCUGGUUCCUAACAUAAACUUAUUCUACAGAACAUGAAGACCGCAAAAAUGUUCUUUCCAACAAUUGUCAAAUGUAAGACACGUUAAAACUUAAAAGCUAAUCAGCAGGAGAUAUUGACAUCAGUCAGGAUGUGAGAGAAAAACUGAAAAUUAAACAUGUUUUAUGCGCAAAUAUGCAUAAGAAGCACCAAUAAACAAAUAAGAUUUUUUUAAAAAAAAAAAAUUUUUGGAACGCACAGAUGAACAUAUGGUCCAUGGUCCAGUGAUAGAGUUGCAGGGGUGCAACCUAGGUCAUAUGUUGAAUUCCUAAAAACAACCUCUAAAUAUUAUGUGGGAGCAAGGUUUGCGUACAUUCUGCUUGUCCCCGACCCUGCCCACUGCGAGCCUUGUGCACAAAAAUUGUUUAUCUUAUUUUAUUUUAUUUUUUUGGAAUGCAAUCUAAAUAUAAGAUUAUUGAGACAGGGAAAGAAGUAGAUUAAUGAAAAUAAGAAAAAUAAGAGUAGCACCACAUGAUUAAAAUACCAAUCUUUACCUGAGUAAUUUCUUGUUUCAGGAAAUAAAAUUUAACUGCAAUGUCACCCACAGUGAUAAACAAAUUUCUUAAGAAAAAUAAGAGUAGCAGCCAAAUGAUUAAAAUACCAAUCUUCUCCUCAAUAAUUUCUUGUUUCAGGGAUUAAGAUUUAACAGCACUAUCACCCAUAGUGAUAAACAAAUUUCUUUUAAGCGGGAAAAACUCAAAAGAAGUUCAAAUCUAAACAUGAAAGGAGGGCAGAUCUGCCAAGACACAAUUAUAACAAACAAAAGUACAGCAAUGUUUAUUCGUAACAUGGAUUUUGAGUCCAAUUUUGAUAGCUCUUUA